UGCUCAACCAAAUCUUAUAAUGCGUAAAGUGUAACUUGUAAUUAUUUAAGUUACCGAGUUCCAUAGAAAGCAAAGCCAAGUCCUUGUCAGUUCUGGUUGGGCUCAUCUCCAAUGCCAGUUCUGUUGUCCACACAUAGACACAAAAGAUGGAAGCUGUAAGAAGCAGAAGAGGCAGAGAGAACAACAAAACUCCAGAGAGGCUGAUAAGGUCUUUAAACCAUCAGCAAUACGAAGAAGAAGAAGAGGCCAAGACUCGGCGACCAGUCUUCAGAAGAGUACAAGUCGUUUAUUAUCUCACUAGAAAUGGCCACCUCGAACACCCUCACUUCAUCGAAGUUAUCUCUCCGGUUAACCAGCCUCUCCGGUUAAGAGAUGUGAUGAACCGGCUUACGGUUUUGAGAGGGAAGAGCAUGCCAUCACUAUACGCUUGGUCAUGCAAAAGGAGCUAUAGAAAUGGAUUCGUGUGGAACGACUUAGCAGAAAACGAUGUGAUUUACCCGUCGGACUGUGCUGAGUAUGUGUUGAAAGGAUCUGAAAUCGCCGAGAAAUUUGAAGAGGUGGUACAUGUGAGCCGACCAAUGUCGGGUCCAAUUCAAGAAGCUCCAAAAGGUCAACUUCUCAGGUCAAAACCAAAACCUCAAGACAGAACGACGUCAUUCGAUAACUCAGAGCUCUACGUCGGAGAAGUGGAAGAAGAAGAAGAAGAAGAUGGAGAGUACGAACUUGACGAAGAGAAAACGAGUUAUACGUCUUCCACGACGCCACAGUCUCGCUGUUCCCGAGGUAUUUCGACUGAGGCGAUAGAAUUCACUGAGAAAAAACCGAACUUGGGCAAGACGGAACAGGGUUUGCCGGUCCGAUCUGACCCGUCUGAGUUGACUCGUUCCUACCCAGUGGAACCACGUCGACUCGUCGUUUCGGAGCGGGUCGAGGACGGAGAUCUAGUGGAUCCCGGUUCUGUUCGUGGGUCGAUUUGGCUCCAGAUGAUCUCGUGCGGCCACAUCGCCAAGCAUUACGCACCGAGCCUGGUGAGUUCGAGACAAAAGGAAGAGAAUCUUCGUAAAGGGGUUUUGUGCAAGAACAUAGUGAAGAAGACUGUCGUUGAAGACGAACGCGAGAUGAUAAGGUUCAUGUCGGAGAAUCCAAGGUUCGGAAAUCCACAGGCGGAAGAGAAAGAGUAUUUCAGCGGGAGCAUCGUCGAAUCGAUGAGUCAAGCACGAGUCACGGCAGAGCCCGCGCUAAAGCGAUCCAACUCGUUCAACGAAGAAAGACCAAAUACUGGCGAUAAGGAGGCCAAGAAGAAAGAUGAGGAAGAAGAAGGAUCGAUCGUAAAGGUGAAAUGUAUACCGAGAAAGAAGAGCUCAUCGUGUUUAAUGUCAUCAUCGAAGCUAAUCAAGAAAUAAAAAGAAAUUAACGUAAAGUUAUAAGGUUAUGUUACUAGUGGUAGAUGCAGUAAAUGGCAAUUAAUUGUAAUGAGUAAUGACUAGAUGUUGCUGUUUUAUAAUCGGGAAUAUAUUUUUCCACUUUGUCAAUUAUCACUAGUGGACAAGUGGAAAUGGCAAAAUCCGUAAAUCCAGUUUCGAUAUCGUAAAAAAGUUGUUUUUUAUAGGAAUCUACCAG